CAAAAUAUGGAUAUUGACCCACAGGCGAAAGACUCCGGUCGAGUAGUCAGUGCUCUAGUUCAGCGACAUGUGUCAAAACUUGUAUAAGAUCACUAGCCUACUGACAUCGCUACACUUUCUAAGCCCAAGUAAAACAUCCCUGAAACAAGAUGGCUGCUGUGUCCGAUGUCAUGACAACAGUUGAAGCUAGCGCCGUGCUACAGAUCAAGGACAAAUUGCCCAAUGGAUUCCUCAUCAACCUUGUUGGCAAAAUAACAGCAGUCAGUGAAAUCUUCAGAGUGAAGAAGGAUUUGAUAUUCUUGAUUGAGAUAGAGAACAGAAUCAAGAUUGUUGUGAAGCAAAAGCAGUAUCUUGUCUGGCAGGAGCAGAUAACUCCGGAAGUUGAGUACAUCGUUACAAACUUGAGAGCUACAACACUGCAGAAGGGUUCGACUUCCCAGGUGAGGGUGUUCGUACCUUGGAGUAGAAGCUGCCUGUAUCUUGCUGAGGCCAUGGAGUACUGCCUAGUCACCCUCCAGGACUGGCUUCACAGCAGGAGCAUCAUACUGCCAGAACCAAUUCCAGCUGAGACGUCGACCGGCGUCUCACCAGCAGGGGACAACUUUGUGGCAUAUCAGGGAGUUGUGACCAGCUGUGACCGGUCUAGUGUGGGGAUAUUUGAACUGGACCACCGAGUCAGCCUGUACGUGACGUGUGUGCCGGCCUCUCAUCGGUUCACAGCCCUCACCCUCGGUACAAAGAUCAUUGUCUACAAUGCUCACAGGAAAGGCUUUGCAAAGGCCCCCAAGAUCCGCCUGUUCUGUUGUGUGGCCACCUGUAUCCGAGUUGUGGAGGCAGGGAAGGAACAAUCCUCUAACAAGCAGUUCUCCGCCAACAGUCUGCUGGUGAAACCCAUCUCUGUCUACAGUCUGGAUGCAUCUGAUGUGGCAGCACUGCUGGACAUGCCCUUGGCAAUGACUCAGAAACUUCACACCCAGCAAUGCCACUUGCCAAUAUCUGACACCAUUCCGCUCAUCCCUGUCCUCUUGGGCAGCAACUGUUGCCCAUGGCUACAAGAGGAACACAGAAAUCUGCUCCAAGAGUUCCUGGAAUCUCCUCAUGCCUGCUGUGUGGGUAGAGGGCAGUCAAAACGAAGAAUCCCUGAACUUGUCCAUAUCAGCAGGGAAACAGAUGACCUGUCUGCCAAGUCACGGGAUUUGACUGAUCUUCGACAGAAAUACUAUGGAUCCCGACUCUCCGUGUCUGAUCUGAACCAACAACUCUACUGGAGCCCUGUGUGUGAAACUGUGGAGGGGAGUGAGGGCAAGCUUUUGAUUGGUUACCUCCAGUGCAGUCGUGUGACAGGAAGACUCCAACUAUUGGAUGCUACAGGAUCCGUUGACCUGGCCGUCUGCUCCUCAGCCCCACCAAGCGGCCAUGUUUGUUGUCCACCCUGUGUCAGCCCCAAGCCUGGACAAGCUUUAACAUGUCCUCUGGUUCAGCCCAACCUGCUUGGCAGCAUCAUUUGUGUAACCAGGUACAAGCGUAUUGCUGAGCGGUUCCUCAAUACUGACGUGCCAAACUCACAUCACAUUGAUACCAAAUAUGUAAGCAGGUCCCGACAUGUUCUGUACCUCCAGAUCUCCCUCACAGACUGUGUGCUGAUACACCCUCAGGCCGGGUUGUUAAGUGAAGGCUCCUUUAAUGAAACAGCACAGGAGACAGAGUUCCUUGAAGGGAAAGACAGACAGUCUUCAUCAGCUCCUCCAUCAAAGAGGAAGAGACAGACUGAAUGUGAUAUGAAGGAUGAAUCACGUACUGGAGACUCAUCUGAGUCUCAGUUGGUCUACAUCUCCCACAAGGAGUCUCUGACCACUCUCAGCAGGAAGGAGUCCCCAAAGCUUAGGUUCUGUGUUCUUGGAUAUUUGAUAGGGCAGGCAAAGUCAUCUCACAGUGAUGACCCGAGCAGAGUCAUAAAUACGCAGACUGGUAUUCUUACAAGUUGCAAAAGUAAACAACAAAGCAGUGCACAGGUUAAACUAAAGGAGAACAUAGGCUAUGUAAAUGCAAAUACAUCAUCUUUUGAUCUUCAUCCUUGUAACAUAGACUUGAACACUUCAAAGCCUACAGCUCUGUUAGGAGAAAGUGCUGGAAAUGGAUCAUCUCAAAACAAAAGUUCUCAAGGAAGAACUGUCUAUAGAAGACCUGUUCAACGUGGGCAUUGUACAAGAGGAAGUGGUCUGGGAGGACGUACUGGAGAGAGUGGAGAGGGAGGAUUUUGUACAGGAGGAAGUGGUCCGGGAGGACGUUGUACAGGAGAGAGUGGUCAGGGAGGAAGUUGUACAGGAGGAAGUGGUCCAAGGGGACAUUGUACAGUGGGGAGUGGUCCAAGGGGACAUUGUACAGGAGAGAGUGGUCCGGGAGGACGUUGUACAGUGGGGAGUGGUCCAAGGGGACAUUGUACAGGAGAGAGUGGUCCGGGAGGACGUUGUACAGGAGGAAGUGGUCCAGGAGGACGUUGUACAGGAGGAAGUGGUCCAGGAGGACGUUGUACAGGAGAGAGUGGUCCGGGAGGACAUUGUACAGGAGAGAGUGGUCCAGGAGGACGUUGUACAGGAGGAAGUGGUCCAGGAGGACGUUGUACAGGAGAGAGUGGUCGGGGAGGACGUUGUACAGGAGAGAGUGGUCAGGGAGGAAGUUGUACAGUGGGGAGUGGUCCAAGGGGACAUUGUACAGGAGGAAGUGGUCUGGGAGGACGUACAGGAGGAAGUGGUCCAGGAGGACAUUGUACAGGAGAGAGUGGUCCGGGAGGACAUUGUACAGGAGGAAGUGGUCCAGGAGGACAUUGUACAGGAGAGAGUGGUCUGGGAGGACGUACAGGAGAGAGUGGUCCGGGAGGACGUUGUACAGGAGAGAGUGGUCCGGGAGGACGUUGUACAGGAGAGAGUGGUCCGGGAGGACAUUGUACAGGAGGAAGUGGUCCAAGGGGACAUUGUACAGGAGAGAGUGGUCCGGGAGGACAUUGUACAGGAGGAAGUGGUCCAGGAGGACAUUGUACAGGAGAGAGUGGUCCGGGAGGACGUUGUACAGGAGGAAGUGGUCCGGGAGGACAUUGUACAGGAGGAAGUGGUCCAAGGGGACAUUGUACAGGAGAGAGUGGUCCGGGAGGACAUUGUACAGGAGGAAGUGGUCCAGGAGGACAUUGUACAGGAGAGAGUAGUCAUGGAGGAAGUUGUAGAGGACAGACUGGUUCUCCAGGAAGCGCUGCUGCUCAGCCAGCUGUGCUGCUGUUCCAGGACGAUGUGAGAUGGUACAGUGUCCUCCAGGUGGGGUGCUUCUACACAAUGACAGCAGCAGGGCAGGGAGGUGGGUUCCAGCCACGGCCCCUGGAGAACAAGAUGAGGAAGGCCAUAGAGUCGUCUCACACACGUGUGUGUGUGCAGGUUCCUCCCAAUGUGGGGGUCACACGUGUGAUCAGUCCGGACCAUAUUCACACAAACAAUUUUGAUGUGGUGAAGUUUGCUGAUUUCUCAGAGGUUUUAUCAAGCAGUUUUACGGGUACCCAGGUAAACAUGCAGGGUAGAAUUGUCUCCCGCUCCCAUCGGCCUCAGACGUCACCACAAGGAGGUCAGCAGCGACAUUCAAAGCCCAGUGACUCUCUGCAGCAAGUGAACCAGCAUCUAGGGGUGUCGGUGCUCGAUGACCAGUGUGUGUGCCUGCAAGUGCGGAGUCUCACAUCAGACGCAGAGAUACCUGUGUACAUGAACCUUCAGACAUCGUCCUACCCCCUGGGACUGCUGCCUGGUGCCGGGGUGGAGUUCCACCGCCUAGAGAGGAAGGUGUCACGCAUAGAGAACGUCUAUUUUCAGUUCACAACUGUAUCUACUGUAACACUUUUCCAGGUGGCAGAUUCACAGAGACUCACCACAGCCCCAGACAGUCCUGUAGACACAGAGAGUGUGACAGUCCCUCACCAAUACAUUAUCGACAUAUGGCGGUGUCCGACGUCCAGCAUGGAGUUUACCUCCACCUGCUACAUCUGCCACUUCAUGAGGCUAUGCCUCAAGUCUGUCUGCGCUGCCUGUGGUAGCAUCGUCACCACCACUGGCUGCAGUAGCCAGGCCUGUACGGUCUCUGACACCUAUCUCAGUGCUAAAGUCAGUGUCCUGGUAGAUGAUGGAACAAGUCCUGCUGUGGUUUCGUUUUCCAACUGUCCGGAACAUGUGCAGAGCCUGCUACGUCUGUCACCGGAACAGUGGCGCCACCUAGAGGUGGCCAUACAGGAGCAGGGAGAAGUCUUCCUGCAGCAGUUUGUGGGCGAGGCUGAGUCUGUGCUGGAGAACUUCUUGAUGCGACUCUGCAGCAGCCAGCAUGUCAAGCGCCAGUGUCGGAUGAUCCUCCAACAUCGAGUCUUUCAACAUGGCCGACAGAACACAUGGCGGUCCGGUGUCCUUGACAUUCACCAGAUGAACAAAGAUGAGUUCACCUUUCGCAGUGUGAAGGCCAACGCCAUGUUUGAGACACGCUGUCUGCCAUACCUGCAUCUGGAGUGUCUGGAUCUGAAGGAGGCUGGCUACGAUGUCUAGUGAUACACAGGAGACACCAACGUGUUGAAUAUGAUGUCUAGUGAUUUACAGGAGACAGUGACGUGUUGAAUAUGAUGACUGGUGACAUGUAGGAGACAUCAGUGUACGUGUGAACUAUGAUGUCUGGUUAUGUGUAAGAGACACCAAUGUACGCGUGAACUAUGAUGUCUGGUGAUGCGUAGGAGACAUCAAUGUACGUGUGAACUACGAUGUCUGGUUAUGUGUAAGAGACACCAAUGUACGCGUGAACUAUGAUGUCUGGUGAUGCGUAGGAGACAUCAAUGUACCUGUGAACUACGAUGUCUGGUUAUGUGUAAGAGACACCAAUGUACGCGUGAACUACGAUGUCUGGUGAUGUGUAGGAGACAUCAAUGUACGUGUGAACUACGAUGUCUGGUUAUGUGUAGGAGACAUCAAUGUACGUGUGAACUACGAUGUCUGGUGAUGUGUAGGAGACAUCAGUGUACGUGUGAACUAUGAUGUCUGGUGAUGCGUAGGAGACAUCAAUGUACGUGUUAACUACAAUGUCUGGUUAUGUGUAAGAGACACCAAUGUACGCGUGAACUACGAUGUCUGGUGAUGUGUAGAUGACAACAUGUCAGAUACUGAACAUGACAACAUGACAGUCCAGACGUUGUUGAUAACAAUGUGAUUUGUCUGACACAUGGUGUCUGCCAGGGAUAAUGUUCGACAUAGAUUUGAAGAUAAAAGUUAAAAGUUCACAAACACAAAAUACAGCAUAUCCGGAAACCUUGACAACCAGUGCUAUUUUAAAUUUGUCAUCUUUCCCUAAUUGUCUUUUGUAUAUUUGUAAAUACAUUUAUCAGUAAAA